CCUGGGCUCGAAUCACUCAGCUCUCAACUGACAGGGUCAAGGGGAAUUGCUGCUGUGGGUGAGUUGCGAAUGCCAUGGAGUUGCGAGUCGUUGGUUUGGAUGGUGGUGAGUUCCACUUCUGUGUCCCUGAAGAGACCUCCGGGCAGGAGCUACUGCAGCAGCUCCGGCAGAAGCUGCAAGUGAAGCCGUCCACGACCCUGGCACUCCUACAUGAGAACACUCGAAUAAGUUCCGGCAAAUCGAGUGCUUCAACGUUGAAAGAGAUACUGAAACCUAGAGAUCAUGCAGAUGCAGAAGCAACAGAGACCACGACAAGGAGAGACAUUGGCUCACAGAAGCACACUCUUUGUUUCGUCUACCAGCCGGUGAAUGUGCACCGCUGCUGGACGUGCUUGACUUCAGCGUGUUUAGACGAUGAUGCACUCGAUGGUUUGACUUCAAUUAGGUACGGAAAGCGCAAUCUCCAUCCAGAAGUCAAGUUGCCUGAGAGCUUGACCACAUUGUGCUUGGACGAUGACUUCAACCAAGCAUUAGACGAGAUGUAUCUCCCAAAGGGUCUGAAGAGCCUCUCGUUUGGAUUCGAGUUCAACAAGAGACUGGAUCGAAUUUCUCUUCCAAGCAGCUUGGAAUCUUUGGCCUUCGGAUAUUGCUUUAAUAAGCCUUUGGAGCACCUCAAACUUCCAGAUGGAUUGAAGAGCCUGACUCUUGGUUCAAACUUUCAACAAAGCCUCGAGUUCGUGGAACUUCCGAAUAUGCUGCAAGAACUGACCUUUGGAGAGUCUUUCAAUCAGAGCUUGAAGCAGAUAGAUGUGCCUUCUGGACUACGCUGUUUGACCUUGGGCGCUUGGUACAAUCAAUCUCUAGAGGCCGUGACAUUGCCAAGCCAUCUGAAAACCCUGACCUUUGGGCAUUUCUUCAACCAGAGUCUCGAGCGAGUAUGUCUACCAGCAGGCUUGGAAAGCUUGACCUUCGGCAAUACCUUCAAUCAGAGCUUGGACCUUGUGACUCUACCCAUUGGCCUACUAUCACUACGCUUGGGAGAUGGAUUUACGAAACCAAUGCACGGGGUGAGGCUUCCAACUGCUUUGCGGAGUCUCAUCUUUGGAUGUGCCUUUAAGCAAUGUUCACGAGAUUUUUCGCUGCCGAAUCUGCGCACUUUAGUCAUGCCAAAGAUUGGUGAUCGCUCAGACAUCGAAGGCCUUCCAGGUGAUUUGCAGAGUUUGACACUCUCCCACUUGGUGAAUCACGGUUUGCAAUGCAUGCGAAUUCCAAGUGGCUUGCGGAGCUUGCACUUUGGAUUUGACUUCCAUGAGAGCCUUCGGUCUGUUCAGCUCCACUUCUCCCUGGAGAGUUUGACCUUGGGAGGUUGUUUCAAUGAAAGCCUGGACAACCUCUACCUCCCAGCCACUCUACGAAGCCUUGUCUUGGGCGAUCGCUUCAACCAAUCCAUGGAAUUCACCCGCCUGCCGGAGACGUUAGAAAGCCUCAGAUUUGGCGAGAGCUUCAACCAGAGCCUUGAGGACAUGAUUCUGCCGGGCAACUUGCAAGACUUGGCACUUGGCACAUGCUUCAAUCAGAGCUUGGAUCAUGUGAAGUGGCCAAGCACUUUGCAAAAAUUGACCUUCGGAUAUCAAUUCAACCGGAGCUUGGAGCAUGUAAAGUGGCCGUCGAAUCUGCGAAGUCUGGCCUUUGGGCAUCAAUUUGACCAGAGCUUGGAGCGUGUAACUUGGCCCACCAAUUUGCAGAGCCUUACCUUUCCCAAAAGCUUCGAGCAGAAUUUGGAGAAUGUGGCCUUUCCCCUGGGCUUGCAGCACCUGACUUUGGGACGUUGCAAGAGACUCGGGAUGACGAAAGGGUUCCAAGUUCAAAGGAAAGGUUUUGCGUGAGAUGAAGGUUUGUUGAAUUGCCAAAUGACCCGGCUCUGUAGAACUGUUGCAUGAUGAAGCAUUCCUGGCUACAGGUGGAUGAACCCCCUUUCAUUGACUGUUCAUUGGGGCGUGCCACGAAGUAUUUUUAAAGGCACGUUCAGCCUACGCUCGGAACUUGGGACGAUGAUAUCUAGCUGGAGGCCAUCGCUAGUAGGUUGGAGGCCAUUACUACUAGUAACAAGAAGCUACUAGGAACAGACUCAAAGGCUUCUCCCUCCACCCAGCUGCUCGCUGUGCGCAUCGACGCGCAGCGGCUCGUUGUUGAAAGGCCUGAUUUGUUGGACUCUAGACACUGAACCCUGACGAAGCAAAACAUACCAAAACCAUGGCUUUGGAACCUGAAUGAACCUGGGCCAGAGGCCAUUCUGGGGGCGGAGUGUUUCAGGAACUUGGAGCCUUUGCAGUACCAGAGCUCUUUGAGGAGUCUGUCUGCUGACAACGUGCCUAGCCGAGCUCUGACAGCGAAAGUGAUGAUGUCACCCAUGGGAGUUGCAUGAUGUUGCAUGCUGAAUAAAUGAUCAACUGGGCAAUUUCAUGGUUUCUACCAGCCAAGAUCGUAAAGGGAGGACGAGUUCCGGUAUUUAGUUCAGUCUGCCAGGAAUUCGUCUUUGAUGCCCAGAUGUGACGCUAGUGGUGUCCCGUGUGCCUCCGGUCUGCGUGUGCCUUUCCCGUACUGUUUUGUAAAGAAACUAAACACCGUGCCACUGGCGCUGAGGUGACUGUGGCUGUUUGAGAGACAUGGGAAGACUGAAGGGCUGGUUGUGCAGUGUGGCAGACACAAGUCUUGCUUUGGAAUGCUUUGGAAAGAAUCGGUUUGGACAUGUCUUUCAUUCAACCAAGCAAGAUGGAGCGAAUCGGGUUGCCCGUUUGCAUCCAUCACGCGAGAUUCUCCUAAAACGAAUUGCUGGUCGCCACAGACAGAGAUUAGAGCGAGUCUGCACAGCUUCAAAAGAAAAGCUCGAAGGCUUGUGCCUGGGGAAGAGGCGCCUUUAGUUCGCAUGUUUGUUCGAUGCCUGGUCAGUUUGCUACCUUGUACGUGGCUGGUCACCCAAGAACAGCCCCUUAAGUUUGGAAAUCACUGUUCCUUUUUGUUACAUCACAUCCCUAAGAUUCCUUUUGUCCG